UUCGAUUUUUUAUGUUCCGCACCACAAACUAAUAAAUACAUCGAACAUGUAGUGAAGUCUCUGUUUUUCACUGCGUUCAAAUGAAAAUACAAAAAUGUGGCAUAUUUAAUAAUGUUUAAAUGGGAAAUAUCAAUCGAAAAAAUGCCUAUGAUUCAACUUUGUCCAUGACAAAGUUACUGAAAUUGAUAGAUUCAUUACCAAAAGACAUGGAAUCAAAACAAAUAGAAGUACAUCAUUUAAGUAGUAACCCUACAGCAGCAUGGAAGGAACUUUCAAAUGCUCAAAAAGUUAUUAAGGUGAACGUAAAAAUACCUUCUAAACCAGUUGACUCCAACAAAAUACGAUUUGUAUGUAUGAGCGAUACUCAUUCUUUGUUAAGGAAUGAUUUCGAAGUACCACCAGGAGAUGUUUAUAUUCAUGCAGGUGAUUUCACAAGAUGUGGACAAAAAGAUGAAGUAAUUCAAUUUAAUUCAUGGCUGGGAACUCUUCCCCAUAAGCAUAAAAUUGUUAUUGCUGGUAAUCAUGAAUUAAGCUUUGAUGAAACAUUCUCUAAUUUGUUUAGAAAGAAAAUAGCGCAGCAUUUAGGAUCUGAUCAUGAUAAUCAAGUCCUCAACUAUGGUAACACUAAAGACGACAUAGUAGAUGCAGUAAAUGAAGAUAAUAUUAGACAGUAUUUGACAAAUUGUACAUAUUUAGAAGAUUCUAGUAUUGAAUUAUUUGGUAUCAAAAUUUAUGGUACACCUUGGCAACCAGAAUUUGGUGGUUGGGCAUUUAAUAUUUCCAGGGGUGAAAAAUGUUUAUCUAAAUGGGACAAAAUUCCAGAAAAUACAGAUAUCCUGAUAACUCAUACACCUCCUCUCGGACAUGGAGAUUUAGCAUGUUCAGGAGUUAGAGCAGGUUGUGUUGAACUACUCCAGACUGUACAGAGGAGGGUGAAACCAAAAUACCAUAUUUUUGGACAUAUCCACGAAGGAUAUGGAGUUUCAUCAGAUGGGAAGAUAAUAUUUAUUAAUGCUUCUACGUGUGAUAUCAAUUAUAUUCCUAAAAAUUUGCCUGUGGUCUUUGAUGUACCAUUGCCUGAGGGUUUCUCUAAAAGUUGAAAUAUUAAGCUGUGAAGUAAAUUCUUUUUGAUUUCGUUGUACCUGUAUUGAAUUUUUUGUAUAUAUUAAAUUUUAAUACUAAACAAUUGCUUUAUCAAUAAAUUGAUAUGAACAAUUUAAA